CCGCAGUGGCGACGAGGCGGCGGGCCGGGGCGGAGGCGGCGCGGUGCGGCGCAGGCGGGCGGCUCCACCUCCGCAGUUCCGACGCCCUGCCCUAGAUUGAUUUGCUGACGGAGAGUGGGUCCUCUCCUCUGCUUCUCGCAGGAGUCGCAGUGCCCGCAGCAGCGGCCCGCAGCGGGACGCGGUCCCCGCAGCCCGGCGCGUAGGCGGGAUGUCGGUGGUGGGCAUCGACCUCGGCUUCCUCAACUGCUACAUCGCGGUGGCGAGGAGCGGCGGCAUCGAGACCAUCGCCAACGAGUACAGCGACAGGUGCACGCCGGCCUGUAUAUCUUUGGGAUCCAGAACUCGAGCCAUUGGAAAUGCAGCCAAGAGCCAGAUAGUCACAAAUGUAAGAAAUACAAUUCAUGGCUUCAAAAAGCUUCAUGGGCGAUCAUUUGAUGACCCCAUUGUGCAAACCGAGAGAGUCAAGCUUCCCUAUGAGCUGCAGAAGAUGCCCAAUGGAAGUGCAGGAGUUAAGGUUCGGUACCUGGAGGAAGAGAGGCCCUUUGCCAUUGAGCAAGUCACUGGGAUGUUGUUGGCUAAGCUUAAAGAGACCUCAGAAAAUGCCCUGAAGAAGCCAGUGGCCGACUGUGUGAUCUCGAUCCCGAGCUUUUUCACCGAUGCAGAGCGACGGUCCGUGAUGGCGGCAGCUCAGGUUGCAGGCCUGAACUGUCUGAGGCUGAUGAACGAAACCACUGCAGUUGCACUGGCAUAUGGAAUUUAUAAACAGGAUCUUCCCUCAUUAGAUGAGAAACCAAGGAAUGUUGUGUUUAUCGACAUGGGACAUUCUGCCUAUCAGGUCUCCAUUUGUGCUUUUAACAAAGGAAAACUUAAAGUGUUGGCUACUACCUUUGACCCAUAUCUGGGUGGCAGGAACUUUGAUGAGGCUUUAGUGGACUACUUCUGUGAUGAAUUCAAGACCAAAUAUAAGAUAAAUGUCAAGGAGAACUCUCGGGCCUUGUUGCGGCUGUAUCAGGAGUGCGAGAAACUGAAGAAGCUGAUGAGUGCAAAUGCAUCAGAUCUUCCCUUGAACAUCGAGUGUUUCAUGAAUGACCUUGAUGUUUCUAGUAAGAUGAACAGGGCUCAGUUUGAACAGUUGUGUGCUUCGCUCUUGGCCAGGGUUGAACCACCUUUAAAAGCAGUAAUGGACCAAGCUAACUUACAUCGUGAAGACAUAAACAGCAUAGAAAUUGUAGGAGGGGCCACUCGGAUUCCUGCAGUCAAGGAGCAGGUCACUAGAUUCUUUCUGAAAGACAUCAGUACCACCCUCAAUGCUGAUGAAGCCGUCGCCAGAGGGUGUGCAUUGCAGUGUGCGAUUCUGUCACCAGCAUUUAAAGUGCGUGAAUUUUCGAUAACAGACCUUGUUCCCUACUCAAUCACAUUAAGGUGGAAGACUUCUUUUGAAGAAGGGACUGGGGAAUGUGAAGUCUUCUCUAAGAACCAUCCUGCCCCAUUCUCAAAGGUCAUAACUUUCCACAAGAAGGAACCAUUUGAACUAGAAGCAUUUUAUACUAAUUUGCAUGAAGUGCCUUAUCCUGAUCCAAGAAUUGGGAACUUCACUAUUCAGAAUGUCUUCCCACAGUCUGAUGGUGAUAGUUCUAAAGUAAAAGUUAAAGUCCGUAUUAACAUCCAUGGAAUCUUCAGUGUGGCCAGUGCAUCAGUGAUUGAGAAGCAGAAUCUGGAAGGUGAUCACAGUGACGCUGCUAUGGAGACAGAAGUCUCAUCCAAGAAUGAAAGCAAAGAUGACAUGGACAAAAUGCAAGUUGACCAAGAAGAAGGAGGUCAUCAAAAAGGUCAUGCUGAGCACACCCCGGAAGAGGAGAUUGACCACACGGGGGCCAAAGCGAAGUCACCUCCUUCAGACAAGCAAGACCGCAUAAAUCAGACUAUUAAAAAAGGGAAAGUCAAGAGUAUUGAUCUACCCAUCCAGAGUAGCCUGUACAGACAACUGACCCAAGAUCUUCUCAAUAGCUACAUUGAAAAUGAGGGGAAGAUGAUAAUGCAGGAUAAGUUAGAGAAAGAAAGAAAUGAUGCUAAAAAUGCCGUUGAAGAAUACGUCUAUGAUUUCAGAGACAAACUGGGCACUGUCUAUGAAAAGUUCAUCACUCCAGAAGACAUGAAUAAACUAUCUGCAUUAUUGGAAGACACAGAAAAUUGGCUUUAUGAAGAAGGAGAGGACCAACCUAAACAAAUUUAUGUGGAUAAGCUUCAGGAGCUAAAGAAAUAUGGCCAGCCCAUUCAAAUGAAGUAUGUGGAGCAUGAAGAGAGGCCCAAAGCUUUAAACGACUUGGGCAAAAAGAUUCAGCUUGUCCUGAAAGUGAUAGAAGCACACAGAAACAAGGAUGAAAGGUAUGAUCAUUUGGAUCCUGCUGAAAUGGAAAAAGCUGAAAAGUACAUCAGUGACUCCAUGAAUUGGUUGAACAGUAAGAUGAAUGCACAGAACAAAUUAAGUCUUACUCAAGAUCCUGUGGUAAAAGUAUCUGAAAUAGUUGCAAAGUCAAAGGAACUGGAUAAUUUCUGUAACCCCAUCGUUUAUAAGCCCAAACCAAAAGUAGAAGUUCCUGAAGACAAAGCAAAAGCUAACAGUGAACACAAUGGACCAAUGGAUGGACAGAGUGGUACAGAGACCAACCCAGAUCCAGCAAAAGGCAGCUCACAGCACACUGAGUCUGGAGAGAUGGACGUGGACUAAGUUCAUGUACUUCCAACAGUGGGAUAACUACAGGGUCCAUUCACCCUUUACACCCGGUACACACAACAUAUGUUCAGUUGUUCUUAACUACUUUUGUCAUUUGUUUUUUGGAGUAGUUUUGAAAAGUGUCUGUAUUGAGUGCACUGUUGAUGCCCAUUGCUGCUGUGAAGCUUUAGCUGAAUAUAGAUGUACAAAUGAGUUUGAGCUCUUCUCACAUACUUUGUGUCAGUAUGCAGGACUGCUAUGUAGUCGGAAUCCAUCUCCCUUAGUCACAGCUUGUACUUGCAUAGCCCUCAGCUCCUCUAUGCAGGAAGGGAUACUGCAUUGCUCUUUGGUUGCAGAGACAGGGGGUUGAAUACAUUGUUAUUGUGAAAAAAAUUGAAUUUCAUGUGGUUUAGAGCCACCAGCACUGACCUUUUCCUAGUUUCCAUAUUGUUAUCAUUUAAAUAUUAAAACAAAUGAGAGGUUCUGACAUACUAGUCCAUCUCACUGGCGCGCCUCAAGAACUCCAGUCUUGUUAUCACAUAAAUGAACUUAAUGAGUCAGAAACAGUGCACAGUUUGACAUUCAGAUGACACCAGCAUUUGCUGCUUUUGUUAGUAGAAUGGAUUGAUGUUUUCUCAGAGUAACUUUUCACUUGAAACUGUUGAUUUACUUGUCCUAAAGACCAGCUGCUGCUACACCAACUCUAACCCUAUACCUUCAUGUUUUGGGGAAGCACUGUUGACCUGUUCAGAUGUGCACCUGGGUUGCUGACAGGCUUAGUUUUUAUAGUUGUGUUGGUUUUCUUAAUUGAUUUGUGUUAAUAAUACCUUAAUCUGGGGUAGGGAGAAAUUGCACACUGCAUUGCAUUAUAUAUACCUAUCACUGAUUUAAUGUUCCAAUGUAGAUAGGCACUAUUAAAUAAGCAGUACCUUACAAUAAAAAGGAAAAGGAGUACCUGUACAAUAAGUCUUAGAAAAUGAUGCUUGUAAUAAACAUAACUGUGUUACAUCAGUAGGUAAAAUACAUAAUGUUACAUAGUGUAAUAUGAUAUGAUGUGAUUAAAUUAUAGUUCCUGCUGUUAAAUUGCCUUUUGAAACUUGGCUCCAGGUUUGGUGCUUCUUAAAUGGGAAAAGGCACAGUGUACUUCAGCUAUAUUAAGGACCUGGUCUGUGGUUUAUCACUAGACUUGUUCACACCAUUCAGUUCUAUCCUGAGGCUUGGAACUGUUUAUUUAACCACGAGGAGGGCUAGAGUGAUGUUUCAAUCUUCAAGGGAAAAAUGCAAGAAAAAUGCAUAGACCUUUGUGUUCCUAAUGCCAGUUAACUGAAGGAUAACUUCAGUUAUAAUUUUCAAAGGCUCUUUUCCCAAAGCUAAAUCUUUAUAUUAAACACAAUACUGACUUUUCUUAAGUAGUUAAAGACUGAGAGUAUACUAUCUUCAAGGAUAGUCAUUUCUCAAAUGAGUUCUCUAAUAGAGAUUUUGUUCCUACAAUGUAGUUUGCACUGAAAGGAGAGUGUAGGAGGGUGGGUGGUCAUUUUGCAGGAAUUUUUAUUCAGCUUUUGGGGGGGAUAUCAUCCCUUUUUAUUAAGAAAACCAUAUAGUCACAACAUAUUUUAAAUGUCUAUAUAUUUUAUUAAAGUGAAAUAAUUAGAUCCAAUAAAUGAAGAAAUACAUUUUUAAGGAGCUAUCAGUUACUUUUCAUUUGUAUGGUGAAUAUAUCCAUAGGUCCAUUUUAAAUAAAUCAUGGUUGCGAAGGGAUAUGUGACUACACAGAGAUCUUAGAGCUGCUUCUCAGUUAAUACGCACACUCACUCAGCAAGGAGCUGUCCCUCAGAAACAUGUUGGGAGUGGCAGAGACGGCUCUCCCUGCACCUUAGUGUCCAGCAGGGCCCCACAUUUUCCAUCUUGCUCUUCAGUCACUUUUCAGUAGUUUAGUCUUUUAGUCAGAUAAAACACAUUUUUGUAAUUAUAUCAUGUCUCAUUUAAUAAGUUAAAUACAUCCAAAUAAAAUCUGUAUACUUUUCUAACUAAUUUGAUAUGAAUGUUAAAAAAAUAAAAACAAAACCCUAUGCUAUUUAUGGAAUUUAAAGGAAGGAAAAUACAUUCUCCUUAGUUUUGAAUAGACAGUAUGAUUCAACUCAUCUGUAAUAUAUAUAUUGAAUUAGGUAAUCCUAGAUCAAGAGUUUUCCAAACAAAAAGGUGCAGUUUUAAAGAAUAAAUAGCAAAGCAAUGUUACCAUUCAUCAAACUAUUAAAAAAAGAGUAGGAACUAAAAGUUUCUUAGUAUGGUUUAAUUCUCAAAGUACAAGUUACCUUCCUUUAAGAAACCAACCCUUAAGUCAGGCAGUGGUGGUGCAUGCCUUUAGUCCCAACAGAAGCAGGUGGAUCUCUGAGGACAGCCUGGUCUACAAAGCAACUUCCAGGACAGCCAGAGCCACACUGAGCCACACAGAGAAACCCUGUGUAAUCCCCAUCCCCCACAAAAGAAAUCAACCCUUAAUAACCAAUUAUACUGUGUUUAUACAAAGACUGUUAAAUGAUACAAAAUAAGAAGCACGUGCAAGGCAAGUUGCAAGCACCCAGGAGUGCUUUGUCUUCAGGAGUCUGAACUCAUGGCCAGGCUGGGCUACACUGACAUCCUACCUCAGAAAACAAAUUUGCUUUGAUUCUUUAGCAAUGUACAGAAUCCUCAAACUCUAAAAAGGUAGAAACAUUAUAUCAAAUUGCUCAGAUACUGGAAUAACAGGUGUCAAUUUUAAAACACUAACCAGGUAUUUGUUGUGAAUGAAUGAACUUUAUUGGGUGGGGGAGGGCAAGUUUUAGUGUGUUUGUGAGUAUUUCCUAACCAGACAUCUUUAAACUGUGGAGCUCAAUAAGCAGUUUAAAGACAGUAUUAAGCCAGUCAUGGUGGCAAAGGCCUUUUAUCCUAGCACUCCUGAGACAGAUACAGACUGACCUCUGAGUUCAGGCCAGCCAGGUCUAUAGAGUGAGCUCGACUAGACUUUGUAAUUGGACUUAGCCAAUGCUACAUAGUGAGAUCCUAUCACAAAACAAACAAAACAAAAACAAAAACCAAUUAGCACCCCUGUGGCUUGUGAGAAAUCCACCUGAAAAAGUGAGAGACCUUGACAGAGUGACUAGGUCAGUGUGACCUAAAAUACGUAAAGCCAUUGUUCAUUUCUUACGCAUUUGAAAUGUAAUGGUGACCCUUGAAACAAUUCCAGAAGGAAUUCCCAUGUGGUUUUGAUAGCCAGAGGUUGGUAACUCUGACAAAUUAAGUCCUUUGUACUAACUUUAUGUAAGGGCUCUUGGGUAGAGGGACUCACUAACAUUCUUUGCCUUUUAAUUCUCUUAAUCCUUCUCAAACUGUUCCACUCCCUGGUGACUAAGCAUUCAAAUAUAUGAGCCUAUGGGGGCCAUUAUCAUUCAAACAAUCAAACAUGGCUAAAUUCUUACUUAUUUUAAAGAGUAAAGGGGCAUCUAGAAUAUUAAAAAUGUUGAAAAUCAAACUGUUUCAAAGGAAAGUUGAAAACUGAAAUCUCCGUAGAAAUGGUCAGCAUUUUACAGCUGCAUAAGGCUUCCUUGACUUCUGGAUCCUUAAGGAUACAUCUAGCAUAUUAUUAGAGGAAAUAGUAACAGAAAAGGCAUAUUCAUCAAAAUACAUUGAAACCAAGAGCUUUCAAUUCAAGGAGUCAAAGAUAGUAACUAAAACAUGACCAUCUAUCUGAUGUACGAUGUAAUCAAAUCCAUGCUAAUGAAAAUAACAUGGACCCUUGUUUGGAGUAUGAAGUGUUAUCACCUGAGUCACAGGAUGAUUAAAGAAACAUAUUAAGACCUUAAAAUGUACUUAUCCUAUAAAGAGACAGUGAGAUACAACAUGUUUUAGAUUGUAUUAUAGCACAUAAAUAACAUGUUCACAAUCAAAGGUAUGUAAAACGUCAUUUAAAUGGCCAGUGUUUUCAAAUACAGUGCUCUUUUAAAAUCUUGAUUUUCCUUUAAUUCCUCUCUUUCAUGAUAUUGAAAGAGUGCAUCUUGUCACUCUGAUGAUUAAUUAGCAAUUUAGAUAGGUUUAGGAGCUUCUCUCCACUUAUUUUUGAGACUAGAUCUAGAUAUGUAGUUCAGGCUGGCCUCCUUGUGAUCCUCAUGCCUCAGCCUUCAGUGCUGGAAUUAGAGGUGUGUGCCACCAUGACCAGCCCUUUGUUUCCUUUUUAGUACUAAGUCUUACAUUUAGGAUUUGGGGCUCUUAAUUCAUAUGAAAUAAACCAGAUUAUACAUUUCCAUAUUCAACAUCUCCAAUUUUAAUAAUCUUAAGUUUUAAUAGUACCAUUGAGUAGAUUCUCCAUCUUUUGGGCAUUAAGUAAUUUGAAGUAGUUCUGGACCAAAAGAAGUCAAUUUGUACAUGUUAUCUGUUAAGUAUGACAAAAUAACAAAGGCCAUCAGAAAGUUAAAGAGCAGACACCUUUGAUUUCAUGAUGCUUUCUGAUUAAAAAUAAGCAUUGUACAUUUUUAGUUUCCUAAGUUUGUUCCUUCUGACAAAUUAAGUGAAAAUACUUUUAAAAUUAUGUCAGCAUGCUUAGAAUGUAGAUGUUAAAAAACAAUUUAAAAUGAAAAACUAGGUAAAAGAAGCUUUACAGUGUACAUUUUUCUCUAAAAUAAACUUUUGUGGCUUAGUGUCUUGGAAGAAGUGUCCUAACACCAAGUGGUCACCUCUUAGAUUUGGCAGAAAGAAGCCACUGUUACUUAAUAUCACACUACACAGAAACAGUUUUUAAAGGAAUCUAUACUAAAUUGUUCAUUUCUAGUAAAAUGGUAUUCCAGUCAUCUUCACAACCAUUAUAACUAUGUACAAAGUGACUCUGCUCCAGUCAUUCAUUCCUAUAAAAUAACUUUUGACAGUUUCUUAGUAAUUCUUCUUAGUUUUCGUCCUUUUAGAACUGUACAUUUGAUUUCUCAAUUCUGUUUGCCAUGCAGAAAACUGUAAUCAAAUGUGACAAAUCUAUAAAAAUAAUUUUGUUUGGCAUAAUAGACCAUUACAUUUAAUGAACAGACAUAAGAAUGGCUUUCAAUGUUAACUGAUAAUAUUCUACAAAUAUUGUUUUGUAAUAUGACUUUGGUUCACAAAUAUAUCCACAAAAUGUUUGCAUAUGGAAUGAUCAAAGCAUAUAAAAUAUUUCCUAUGUAUGUAAUUUGCAUCUUCAUACUAGGGAACAAAUAACAAUUGAUAAUAAAUGCAGUUCAUUUUUGGAUGUCA